CUCAACAUAGUCUCUCAUCCCAAGUCUCCGCUACGAGCCGCCACUUUCUUUAAAGAGGACUCGAGGUUAUGAUGGCUAUAAACAGCAUCUGUGUUCCACGACCAAGUACUAUCAACAACAACAUAAACAGCAUCUGUAAAUUAAUCUCCGAUCUGGGAACUCGCACUGAUAAAAAAGUAAAAACUGUCAACUAUCACCUGACUACUGGUGCGCGUUUUUGGUUUCUGUCUUUCCGCUUUUCUGCUGAGAUGUAAAUUUUCCCUUAUUUACAAGUACCAUGUGCUGCAUAUAUUAUUUGCACAAUAAUAAUUUAAUACUAUACAGAUUGGCUGAAAAUAAGAAAUAGAUCGUGUAAAAUGGAUCUGCACAAGCGUUAUUUGCAUUUCCCAACAUUAGACAUUUCAGUUUUACGAGCAAUAAAUUUAAAUAAUAAACUCGAGAAUGACAUAUUCAUUAUGCCUCAUCAUUUGCUUCAGUUUUAUAAUAAUGAAAUAACUAAAGAGAAAUUGAACAUAAGCAAACUGGAGGUCUAUCGAAUGCUGUUAUGUUACGAAUUUCAACAGACAUUCAGUGAAAUGGAGCAGCGCAAUGAUAAGAAAUGUAUGCUAUCUGAUGUAAAGACUGGUGUGUGUUUUCCCAACAUUGAAACUGUUUUUCCAGCACAACAUCUGCGAAAUAUUACAGAAAUGUCAAUUUUACGUGACAUAAUCAUUCUACAAACAGUACUUUACUAUAACACUAUAUCCAUUAAGCAAUAUCUGCAAAGUUUUUUGAACUCUCAUAAUGCCUAUAUCACGAAUAGUGACACUAGAGCUAUGUAUAUGAAGGUACUGAAGUUCUUGUUGGAAUCCUUAUGCUUACAUCGAUUUUCUCAUAAUGAUAGAGAUAGCAACAAAGAGGAAUUGAAAGAAAUCAGUUCUAUGUAUCUAGAAGUCAUGAAAUCAUGGAUGAAGAUGAAAGAAGAUUCUGAAUGGAGCGUAUUAGCUUCAAUGCUUCCCAUGCUGGUGAAUACUUUUGUUCCUGAAGACAUAUUACUUCCACUAUGGGAUUACAUCCUGAACAAGAUGAAUGAUCUGAAGGAAUCUCUUACUGUCCUGAGCAUCAUGGUAGACACGUGUCUUACAUCGUUGCAUUCUACAAAAUCAACUCGCAUACAUUGUGAUAUCUUCUGUAAGGACACCUUCUGGUUACUAUUAUUAGAGGGAUUAAGAUCACCUUUGCAACAGUAUCGCAAACAAGCUUUAUACAUAAUGAGAAGAACGACUGAUUUCAUGAGUAAAGGUGACAACUUGUAUUUGGAAUCGAUAAAAGCUGAAAUUACUCCAUUUAUUUGCAGUAAAUCCAACAACUCCGCCUUGCCAGUGGAUAGUAUCAGGCAGAAAUUCUUUUUGGUGUACGAGUCGUUGGAGGAGAAGCAAUAUCACUUGGUAGCACCGGCUCUGACUCACGUGAGCAGUUUAGUAAGAGCGAGCAAGGAGCACGGGUCUUGCCAAUGCUUCAACAUCGUGUGGCUGCGAUGCAUUCUCGAGAAAGCCUUGCGACAUGAAAAUAAUAACAUUGCGAAAUGGAGUGCGUCGUACGUUUGUAAGCUGGACGGUGUCGUAUUUGACGAUCAGUUUCUCGAGUUGUUUGCGAAUGUCCUCAACAAUUCUUUCCUUUACGAGUAUCAGCCUGACGAGGAUUAUCCCGAGAUUGUGAAAGAACUUUCGACAUUCUUCAGAUGCACGGCGAAGGGAGAGACAAGUUUGCUCAACAGAUUCCUCAGGAAAGUCAGUGAAGUCACUUGGGGCCCCGUUGCGAUAUUUUACAUAAUGCACGCGCUACGAAAAACCUCGCAGGAGGCAGCGCAACACAAUUGGCGAGGUGCUGAAUUGAAUGCCGUUAAAUCCUUAAUGGAGACGAGUCUGAACAUGCACUCUCACGUUUUGCGUACCGCGUCACAAAUCGAACUCUUGCGAGCGAUACCCAAUUUCGUACGCGAGAUCGACGAUCUGACAUUACUUGCGAAUGUUUUAGCUACCUUUUCUCUUAUCAGAGAAGGAUUUCCUUGGGACGUUAUCACGGCAUGGUUGCGAGAGGUACUGGCAAAGGAGGACGCGGUGGCUUUUGUGGAACGGACCUGCGCGAGAUAUUCAAAUAAAGAUCUUGUUCCCGAGGUCAAUCCAAAAACAUUCGCAUUCAUGAUAUUCUUGUUGUACGACGCGAGAGUUGUACUCUCUUGCAAAAAGUGCCCUGCUGAGAAUGCAUUAAGCAGCUGGCUGUCUUGCUUGAACAGCAUCGAGAUGAGACCUUACGCCGACAUUCACUCGAUCAUCGACGUAGCCGAAUUUAUAUCGCAUUUGAUGGACUUUUACGCUCAAAGAAAAAUUUGUAACGACUAUUUGAUUCGUUUGAUAAUGUUGCACGUACACGCCAGUUUCAAGUUUCUAAUUGCAAACGUGAGGAAAAUGGCCACGGGACUAACUCUCGAGGAUUAUACGAGAUAUGCAUCUAUUGUAUCCUUGCACAUUAUCAAUGCAGAUUUAUUCAUGUCGAGAACAGACCUGAGCGGUUACGCGGAAAAAUUGCAAGAAGAGAGCAUGCGUUUACUGAGGGGUACACAGCACCGUGAAAGCACGCAAUACCUGUAUGGAACAUGCAUCUUGCACCUCUCCCAGAUUAUAUUGAUUUUGCCUUCCGCGAGAAUAUUUUAUACGGAAGAUUUACUGGAUGUACGAACGAUCUCAGCGCAAACCAGUAACCAAUACGACGCCGAUAUGAUGAAUCUAAAGGGGAAAAUUGCGUCGGAAUAUUACUUGAUUCUUUCGCGAAUGACAACUCGGUAUCUUUUGAAUACAUCCGUGUAUAUGUGGAAUCCACUGAAAUCAUCCGAAUUUCUAUCCAACGAUCAUAAAUGCAUUCCUCCCGCCAAAGUACUAACUUAUCUGCUGAAGUUUGUCAAGUUGGGAGGAAUAGAAGCUGUUACCGAAGUAGCAUUGACACUGACUAUAUUGGUUAAUAAAAAAAUUAUAAUAGACACAAACGAUUGGGAGACCUUUCAGUAUACAUUUAAAUCAUGUUGGAGGUGUACCUUUGACAGUAAAAGGAACAUUGUAUUCUGGACAGCAGUACAGAAUCUCACUGAAGUUAUUAUAAACGAUGACUUUCUCGAAUCGCGAUUCGAUACUACGGAAUUCGUAACAGAAUUCGUCGAUCAGUUGAUAAAAGAAGGUGAGAGCGCAUCAAAAUUUAAAAGGAUAUUGCUGUCCAGGAUGGAAAGAUUGAAUCCUCGCAAUUUGAUAAAAUUUGAGAAACCAUUAUUGAAUUGUCUUCUUCACGGUUCUGUACUUCGGCGUGACGAAAGAGUUGAAAAUUGUGCUAACUUAUGCAUUGUCAAGCAUCUGAGACAAUAUUUUCCAAAGCAUAUUUUAAUAAUGGAUCAUAAUAACGAUGCUGCAGUCCGAGCAUUAGCGACAAUAUUGCUGCACAGAACAGCUAGAAAUUCUGCGACGACCGUUCUGCCGCUUAUAUUCGAAAUGUUGGAGAAGCACAAAAACAAAAGAUACUUCAAUGAUUCAUAUAUACAUAAGUUAAAGCACAGACUAAUGCAAAUUCUACUGAUAUUAGAGCCGGUCAUGAAUGAAGAGCUCGUGGCUCUGCUACAAAAGAAAUUGCGCGACUUGAUUUUGUUGGAAAGCAAUCAGCAUAGUGUGAGAUUGAUGCAGGAAUGGUUGAUGAUACGAAUCUUGAUAAAAAACAGCGAUCUACACAAUGAAUUGUGGAAAUUUUUUACAGAGAGUAUAGAAAAACGGCCGGGAUGUACGGUCUCUGUGGCGAGUAUUGUGUAUCACGUCGCGCGACUUCUCACAGGUGCCAGUCAGAAAACUUUUAUUACAAUAGCACUGCCAUAUGUAGCGCAGUGUUGUUUGAGCCAGCAAUUUAAUAUACGUCUUUAUAACCAGUUUAUUCUGGUUCGGUUAUAUGACUUAAUGAAGCAAACAAGUGACACCGAUGGUAUAUCUGGUUACGAUGGUAUAUAUCAGGCGGCUACGGCUAGCUUGCAACAAGCAAGCUCGACAAAGAACUUUACGAAAAUACAAGAUAAUUUUUACUUUUCUGAUUUCCACCCAAUCGAUGAUUACAGCUUGCAGACGAUUUACUUUGAAUUACCACGAUUGGCUAACGUGAGUUGUGACGAGUGGAUCAGUCCGGAUGUGUUUAAAGAUUUCGAGUUUGCACGAGACGAUCGGCAUCCUCUAAAGCUUCAUAACGUCAACUCGUUACUAUCCAAUACUAUCACUUCUAUGUAUCUCACGAAAUCUUCUGCAAAUGAUGCUGAGUCAUUAGUAAACAACGUUGAAACUUACCUUGAAGGCUUACAGAAUAUUCAAAGGAAAAUAGAUCCGUCCAAAUUCACAGCUCCAUUAUACAAUGACAAUUUUGGAGCGGUUGAAGAGUCCAUCCACCGGCAAGAUUUAUGUGAAGAAGGUCUGAUAGUUGUAGCGUCUUUCGUUAAUCGACCACCGAAUUUAGGUGGAAUUGCAAGAACAUGUGAAAUCUUUGGAGUUAAAUCGCUGGUUAUUGCAAAUUUGGAAUAUGUGAAAGAUAAAGAAUUCCAGUGUCUCAGUGUGUCAGCCGAAAGAUGGAUAAAUAUGCUACAGGUAAAACCACACGAGUUACAGCAAUACUUAUUGGAAAAGAAGGACACAGGAUGGUCUUUAAUUGGUGUCGAGCAGACAGCCAACAGUGUAAACUUGUUGGAAGCGAAAUUCGAGAAAAAGACAAUUCUCGUGUUAGGGAACGAAAAGGAUGGUAUACCUGCCAACUUCAUACCACUUUUUAACACUUGUGUGGAAAUACCUCAAAUGGGAGUGAUACGCUCAUUAAACGUUCAUGUUACUGCUGCAAUUUGCAUAUGGCAGUAUGCAAGUCAACAUACACUGAAAUGACCAUCCUUCAAAGUUUGUGCCAAAUACAAGAUAACGAUACUUGAUGAGUUUAAGUGAAUUCUGAGCAAAAUGAGUCAUUUGUCACAAUGUAAUAGUUAUGUGUAUCAAAAACAGAGAAUCUGAUUUACAUUUACAUAUA